UGAAUCGAUUCUUUACAUAGUGUCGGUUUCUAUUGCUUCUUGCUUCACAGCUGCUAUGUGGAAUGUCGCUGAACGUUUCUGGCAGAAACAAUCAUCCGAAUUCGUGUAUUUCUAGCUAAGAAUAUAAUGCGCGUUUGUGCCUUUGUAUAGACACGUCGUAGUCGCACCGCUGUUUAACUUUGUACCGUAGUGUCGUUACACCGAGGGCUAAAAUGUCGGCAUCGGAAGGAGCCAAACACACGAAUACGGAACCAUGGGGUGGUUUUGAUGACAACAUUAUGAUUCAGGGUAGUAACUCAGCAGUUAUAGACAUGGAGAACAUGGAUGACACCUCUGGCUCCAGCUUUGAGGACAUGGGAGAGAUGCACCAGAGGAUGAAGGAAGAGGAGGAGGUGUCAGCUGAGGCUGCAGCUACUGAGGAUGAUGCUGGAGAAGAUGGAGAGUUCCUCGGCAUGAAGGGCCUUAAAGGCCAGUUAGGAAGACAAGUUGCCGAUGAGGUUUGGAAAGCAGGCAAGCGUCAGGCUUCAAAAGCCUUUAACCUGUAUGCUAACAUCGACAUCCUCCGACCUUACUUUGACGUUGAGCCUAUUCAAGUGAGAAACAGAUUAAUUGAAUCCAUGAUUCCGCUCAAAAUGAUCAACUUCCCACAGAAAAUUGCUGGGGAGUUGUAUGGUCCAAUGAUGCUAGUGUUCACUCUGGUGGCCAUCCUGCUUCACGGCAUGAAGACUUCUGGAACUGUUAUUAGAGAGGGCACGCUCAUGGGAACUGCCAUUGGGACAUGUUUUGGCUACUGGCUUGGAACAUCCUCCUUCAUCUAUUUCUUGGCUUACCUUUGUAACUCACAGAUCACCAUGCUCCAGAUGUUGUCUUUACUAGGCUAUGGUCUCUUUGGCCAUUGUGUGAUCCUUUUCAUCACCUACAAUGUCCACUUUCACUCCUUGUUCUAUAUUUUGUGGCUGGUAAUAGGAGGACUUUCUACUCUUCGAAUGGUAGCUGUGCUGAUUUCUCGUACUGUGGGUAAAACUCCUCGUCUCAUAUUGUGUGGAACUCUGUCGGCUCUCCACAUGCUUUUCUUGCUCUACCUGCAUUUUGCCUACCACAAGAUGGUUGAAGGGAUCCUGGACACCCUGGAAGGACCCAAUGUUCCCCCCAUUCAGAGAGUGGCCAGAGAUGUCCCUAACGUGGCUACUGUUGUUAUGAAUGCCACAGUGAAGUCUGUGGCUGCAAUCAUACACUUACAGUAAAUCACUUAUUCUCAUGUUUUUCUCUUUGGACAAGGAAACUGGUUUGGUGUGAACACACUAGGCACAGGAGCGUAACAAAUGACUUCAUAUUUACCACCUCAGUAAGUUGCCAGUCCAGCUAAAAGUUAAAUAAUAACAUAUUUGACACGAUGACUGGCACAAGAUAUGGUCAUAUGGUGGUGUAAUCUGAUCUUGAUCUGAAUAGGCUUAGACAACAAAAAAAUUAUGCCUACUCAUUCCUUAUUAUUCUUUUGGGUCUUAACUUUAAUAGUUCCCUGAGAUCAUCUGCUGUUGUAAAACCUUGUUAGGCAACAGGAACAUUUGCGCUAAGUUGCUGUUAUUGGCAUUGACACAAUUUUUUUUGGUAUAAAAUGGCAACACUAAAGACUCAUUUCUGUAAGUAAAGUGCAAUGAAGUUUGCCUCAUCUGAGUGAUGCAUCACCACAUGAACUAAUUCAUUUAGAGUUCAUUAAAUAAGGUUUUGGCUUUUGUAACAGGUGAAUUUUAUUUCACCUACAAUUUACCAAUUUUAUAAACACCAUCUCAUGUCUAAUAUUGGACCUUUUUCUAGUUGUGGGAAUUUUUGAGUAAUUCCUUUUAAAAUAAGAGAAGCUUCAACUGCAAAUAUUAUCCUUGUUAGGACAACACUAUUUAUUAUUAUAUUAAUGUUAAAAAUGAUAAGAAUUCUAUAGUCUAUAAUCCUAUACCCUUCACUAGAUGGUGUAACCUUUCAUUUAAAUGGAAUUGGAUUAUACAUGUGCAGUUGUAAAUGAAAAUUGAGACUCUGUUAUUUUAUUAGCCAUCCUGGCUAAAGCUCCUUGAAAUUUGUUUACACACACUGUCAUUUCUGGCUGAUUAAAUUCUGUAUCGUUUAUUCUAAAAUAUGUUUGAAAUCCACCUUUAAUUAUAUAUUGUGAAACCUGCUUGUGCUUAUAUACUGCAAAUUUCACAUUUGCAGCAGAUAUUCUGCAGAAGUACUGCAGAUCUUGAGGGUCCACUAUAACAAAUCUGUAAAACUUUUCCUUUUAUGGGGUUUAUUGGUACUUUUUAUUUGGUCAAAGAAAAACACGCUUAUUGUUUAAAAGAUUUUUUUACAUGUUGUUUAUGUUAACCUCUCAACUUUAAAUUUCUUUUCCCAAAAUCACAAAUUUGAUAAAUAAUGAUGAUAUGAAACAUUAGGAUUAAGAAAUGUUACACUAAUUGUGGCACUACAUUGCUUACUCCCAAAUUUAAGCUUUUUUCAAUCAGAAAAAUAUCCAGUCAAUUUCUGUAUUGUACUUUCUACUUGGGCAAGGAUUUAUUUUGUAUGAGCAAAUUCUUGAUGCAGAUCUGCGGUGAUCAUGUAGUUAUGAAUUCCUUUGUGUCAUUUUUUAAAUUCAGUUUUAUUUGAGCUGUCAUUUGCACCUCCAUAGACUUCUUGGAGGAACUGUGGGUGAGAUUAUGGAUAUCAGAUUGUGCUCAUUAUUUUGUCUUUGACAUGUGGAUUUGUAUUUAUAGGGAUGCUGUACAGAGAAAAUUUAGAAUAAAAGUAAUGUAUUAAAACAAGA